AUGGAAAUACUCUAUUCUGCUAAUCUGGGCAAUGAUAGGGAUAUAAGAGUCUGUAAUGUUGAUAACCGAAAAGUAAUUUUCAUCAGGGAAUUGGAUUAUGAUGAGGAUAGUCAAAGCAUUGCAAUAAACAACAACCAGUGGACAACUUUAACACUGUUCGCUGGGUAUGCAACUGAGGCAUUGCAAGCAAUGCAAGAGGGUGCUAAAGAGAUUAAUUAUAUGGAACACUUGGGAGGUGACAAAUAUAUUCAAUUUUACUUUAAGGAGUGGGAGAAAGUGGUAUUACAGACUCUCUCAGACAUUGCCAUAGAGGGAAUACGCUCUGGGGUGGAUACAGCAGAGUGUAUAACUGCACCAUCCCCAGUAACGUCAUCUGAUCUGAGCCAUACAGCAUCGCAACUAACACUGAUACCUUCAUCUGACAUCAGCCAGUCAGCUACCAUACCAUGUACUUCUAAUUCACAACAAUUUGUUGAUCCCCUAACACAAGACGUGAGCUUUAUGUAUAAUGCAGACAUGAAUGCUGAGAAAGAAUGCAGUAGAUCCGUGGAGAAUCGGAAGAAGCAGGCAAGGGCACCAAGACAAGAAAGUGAAGUACCGGUAUCCAAGUUAUUAUUAGAAAUGGAAAAAAAAGAAGCAGGCAAAGGUAGAGGAAUAUAGAGCAAAGAAGAUUAAGAUUCUGGAGGAAAUGCUUGAACUACAAAGAAGAAGCACUAGUGCUGUAGAAUCAAUUAAUGCCUCGAUGCAACAGUCAGGAAGUUCUCAACCCUUUUCAUUAUCUCCAGUGAUCAAAUUCUCUUAAUACAUGCCUGUAUAUACACAACUAAGCAAAUGUUAUAUUAGGAAAUAGGUAUCAUUUUGAGUCCAUUAAUUUGCAAUCAAUUGAAUUUGAUCAGAAACAUUCAGUCCACGAUUUCAAUAAAUAAAGGCAUAUUUAUUAUGAAAACGCCGGUAACAACUUAAUUAUUAUUACGACAACACCGAAGUGUUUGUCAGCCGUUUGUGGCGUGAUUGCAAUGCUUUGAUAUUUUCCAACAGAUUUACACAUUUAUUGUGAAUAUAAUUUAAAAGAAAAUUAUUUCAUGGAAUUUUAACUUGAAGUCUACCCCAAAAAUAAGGAUAAAUGUUAGAGUCUGUGCAACUGACAAAAGAGACAUAAAGCUUGUAAAUAAAUGCUAGUUUUCAUGUGUACACUCUCUACUUGUACCCAGGUUAAAUCGAUAGCCAAAAAACUGUAAUUACUGGUAAAUACUUGAAUGUGUACAAUGUGUAUAAAAUUAUUAUUUAACUUCUUGUUCUUUUUCAUACAUGACAAGCAAGUAAAGCAACUUAUUUUAUAUUUAAUGCUCCGUUAGAGAUCAUUGCGCCGUGUGAUUAAGUCAGGUAUUGACCUUUGACCUCUGACAAAAUUGUAUGUUUUUAUAUAAUAAUGGAGAGAUACUGCAAAUGUUUAUAUUUUGAGAAUUAGUGAAAAUUUUGGGGUACCAAAAAGAUCCCUCACGGCUCAAUGAACCUUAGUGUCGAUCAUUACACAGUGUAUAUUCAACUUUGAACAUUGUGUCCCAUGGGCCUCCUGUUCAACUUGCAUUAGGAUGUAAAUACGGAUUGGCCAUGUGAUCAAAUCCUAGAAACCGGGAAAAGUUUAUGGAAGACUUCUCACAUACAAACCCAUAUAGUUUACAAUACUGUAAAUGUUUCAAAAUGAUACCUUAUUACUUUUAUUAAAAUUCAUGAGUGAUGUUAAAGAAAUAUUAAAUAAUUUGUGUACUGUAUACCUAUGAACUCAUCAAGUAAAUAUCAAAAUAUCCAUGUUA